CGAUACAUCCAUGGUGCCAACAGGAAGAGUUUGUUGUGUUGGAGUACAGAAAGCUAUAGCUUGUUUUCAGUGUCAAGGCUGCAUAUCUAGAUGAUUUCCACAAUGUGGAUGUGGAGCCAGAGUAGCAGGGAUAUUCAGAAUUCACAACGAGACUUCUCCUUGAACGAGACUUGGACACAAUUAAACAAAUCGGAUCAAGCGAAAGUGAGGAGCCAUCCACUGGAUAGAUACCGUGCCAUCUCCAAUUGGGAUCCGUGCGUAAAAGCGCGUCAGUGGAAACCCUCCUCCAUCCCUCCCAUCACCCCCACAUGCGCACAGUUAUCUUACCAUGGUCGUGCGGUCUCGAGACUCUCAACUAAAGUGCACAUCAUCAUCGAGCUCAGCGGAUCACACGGCAUUUCUGCAUCUGCUCUGCCUGCAGUCACACACACACAGUGUCAUCACGCAGUGGGAGCGAGACGCACAAGAACAAGUGCAGGGAGAGACUGAAACAGAAGAGUCCACUCAGGCUUUUUUGGACGACGAGACGAGACAGUCCCAGGUGUCCUCUGAGGACCUGAGCACUGAUUUGACUGACGACUGAGACGUGGACCAGCAGCAGCAAACCCAGAGCAUGAAGAAGACUCCAAAUUCAGCUCUGAAGAGGUCCUUUGAGGUGGAGGAUGUCGACACGUCAUCUCACUUAUCCCCCGGCUCCCGUCGGACAACCAACUCCCCUCACCGUAACGCCAUGUCUCCCACCAGCAUCUACUACCGUGACCUGGGCACCGCCGCCCCGGCCCCGGCCACCAACAACAACAACCUCAACUUCACCCAGCCCCGCUCCAUCAUGGGCGGAGGAGGCUCCAAGACUCCCGAGCCUGUGUCGCGCCGCUCCGAACUCUCCAUCGACAUCUCCUCUUCUUCCAGCAAGCAGGUGGAUAACAUCACCAGCCCUGCUUCCGCACGCUUUGGGGCCAGCAGCGCCCUGAGGCGCCCUGAAGUCCUGGGCCACUCCAGGACCCCCGAGAUGAGCCACAAGAGGGAGGUCACCUUUGCCAAGACGCCCACUGAUUCCCCAGUGAUACGCCGCAACGAGGGCAACAAUAACAACAACGGCACCAGCCGAACCCCCGAGCAGAAUCACGCUCGCAAGUUUGAGCCUCCUAGUCCCGGAGAUGUCCGUAAACCUGACAUCAGCAUCACCAGAGCUCCCCCAGAAAACAACGGCCACCACCCACCAGUGCACCACCCACACCACCCUAAUCCUCACCACAACACUAUCGUCACCACCUUCCGCUGCUCCUCGCCGAGUCAUGGACGAAAAUCUCCAAACCCUGACAGGUCAGAGGUCAGUCUGAGCCACAGCAACAUGUCGGAGUCCGCCAAGCCCCACCCCCCCACCCCCCAGGGUAAAGGGGAUAAGACACACGCCAGCGACUUCAGCUACGUGGGCAUCGAUGCCAUCCUGGAGCAGAUGAGGAGGAAGGCCAUGAAGCAGGGCUUCGAGCUCAACAUCAUGGUUGUGGGGCAAAGCGGCCUGGGAAAAUCCACCCUGAUGAACACCCUGUUCAAAUCCAAGGUGAGCCGCAAGUCAUCGCAGCCGAACCCGGAGGAGAGGAUCCCCAAGACCAUCGAGAUCAAGUCCAUCAGUCACGAUAUUGAGGAGAAAGGAGUGAGAAUGAAGCUGACAGUAAUUGACACUCCGGGCUUCGGGGAUCAGAUCAACAACGAAAACUGCUGGCAGCCCAUCAUGAAGUUCAUCAACGACCAGUAUGAAGCUUACCUGCAGGAGGAGAUCAACAUCAACAGGAAGAAGAGGAUCCCAGACUCCAGGGUGCACUGCUGCAUAUACUUCAUACCCCCCACAGGCCACUGUCUGAGGCCUCUGGAUGUGGAGUUCAUGAGGCGUCUCAGCAAGGUGGUCAACAUCGUCCCUGUCAUUGCCAAGGCCGACACGCUCACCCUGGAGGAGAGGGACGACUUUAAACAGACGAUUAGGGAAGAGCUGCGAGCCAACGGGAUCGAUGUUUACCCUCAGAAAGAGUUUGACGAGGACGCAGAGGACAGGAUGAUCAAUGACAAAAUCAGGGAGAUGAUCCCUUUUGCUGUUGUGGGCAGUGACCAGGAGUACCAGGUGAACGGAAAGAGGAUUCUGGGAAGGAAGACAAAAUGGGGCACCAUAGAGGUUGAGAAUAUUGCACACUGUGAGUUUGCUUACCUGCGAGACCUCCUCAUCAGGACACACAUGCAGAACAUCAAGGACAUCACAGGCAGCAUCCACUAUGAGACAUAUCGCGUCCGCCGGUUAAAUGAAUCCAACGCUCAUUUCAACUCCCACCCAUCCGACCAUCCUGCUGCUCAGCCGAAGGCCAACGGUCAGCCCGAGGAGCAGCCCGGCGCCCUGCAGGCCAACGGAGUGGCUGCUCAGCACGUAGCCCUGUCCCACGAGAUGUAGAGCCAAUAUACGAUAUCAGGACACAGCCAGGCGCAAAACACACACACACGCAUAUGUAUUCUGUUUACAUGAACAAGCCCACAUGCACACAAACACACACUCAUGCUGUGAAGCCAAUUUUAUUGUGACCUAGAAGGACUUUUGCCAAAAAACUACCUAACCACAGGAAGUUCAAAAGACAUACAAUUCAGAGUAAAUCCCAACAUUUUCCUUCCAUGGGCUGUUUUUUUUUUCCAUCAUUGCAAUUCAGGGCAAAAUCAGGUCUUCCCUGCAGAUCCACAUACUGUACAGAACUCAUCUUGUUGUUUUCCCCAUCUGCCUGAAUGCACAAUGCAAUCUACAGUCAGGAUUGUUUACAAUAACCCAUCCAAGUUAGAUAAACAAAUCUAUACAUGUUUCAUUGCUGACUGACUGUCAGGAGUGCAGUAGCCAUGCAAGUGAGAUGUACGUAUAUCAUAAGUGAAACAAUGUACAAGAUUUUGAUCAGAAUCAAUGAGUAUGAUGGAAAAAAAGAGUGCCCAUAAGAGGAGAAAAAGGCCUGUUGUGUACAGAAUAGCUUUGCAGGAUGUUGGAUUGACAGGUUUAGCCAUGCAGGGCUAUUCCAGCUGAGGAGAAAUGGCAUAAUUCAAAAUGAAGUACAGCAUAUCAGAUGAUUAGCUCUAAACUAGGAGUAACUGUUAGUGCCACUGGCCUGGUCUGCUUUGUGUUGUGGUGUAUAGUUUUGUAUAGAUACUAGGGUUAAGUAGGGAUAUUUACAUUAGGUUUAUAGUAUCAUGGAGAAAGUAAAGAUAUUGUUGACACCUCCGCGCUGCAAAAUAAUUAUAAAAAAAAACGAAAGCAGUGGCAGUGUGGAGCAGCUUUCGGAAAAAUUAGUCCCGUUGUCAUUUUUACGUCGUGUUAUGAUGUUUUUAAAACCCCUUUUUUGCCAAACCCAUCCUGUCUCUUUCUAUAUAAUGCCAAUGUUGUGUGUAAUACAGUCGUACCUUGCAUUUUACAUUCUCAUUUACUAUUGUGUUUUCAUUGCUGUUGUUCAUGUUUCUAAUAUUAUUGUAUACGAUGGGAGUUGUGGAGGAAUCUGUGCAACUGUUGUCCCAUGCAGCCGUUUUGUCCAUUUUUUUUCCCCGACCAAAUAAAAGUCAUUUUUUCUGUUCUAAAGAGAAGCACAUACAGUAUAUAGAGUUGAUUUUAUGAAUAGGUAUUUAUGUGUAUGUUAAGUGUAAUCGGUUAAAUUCAACUUUCAUUCCAGCUGUUGGCUUCCAGAGGUUUGUUGCAGGUCUCUAACUGUGAUGAUCUUUUAGCUUUAGACAGUGUUUUGUUUUUAGUGGCCUGCAUUCUUACAGUAUGUUGUACCCUGUUGGCUAGGCUGCAAUAUAACUAAGAGUUGUCUAUAUUUGUACGUUGUUUAUUAACAAUUACAACCAAUGCUGCCAAUAGAUCGUGGUUAUAACAGUGCAAGAUUAAUUCAUUUUGUCACAGGUGGAUGUUUUACUACCACUUGGAGGAAGUAUUUGUGCCAAAAAAGCUUGCAUGAUACCCGUAAUUUUACAUCAAGAGUGAGUUUUUGUUAAUAUUUGUGAAAAACGUGUGCAUUGAUACAAACUCAAGGGAUAUUUUUUAAUAGAGGCUACAUCUAAAUUUUAAACAUAUUUUCCUAACAAAAAUAGCCAAGAGUGUUUUUUCUGCCUCUUUUUAAGUCGCAACAAAAAUAUGUUCCAUACAAACAUAAAAAACCAAGAGAACUAUUGUGUUUUAUCCAGAGAAAGUUAUCGGGUUACACUUUGUUUACUGUUGUAUAGUUCUUGUGUAAUUUGUUAUGGUAUCAUAGAUUAAGGUUUUAUCUUUGAUAUGCUAUCUCAAAGAAUAAAGAUUGAUAUUUUUAUUGUUUAAA